GAUCUCCCGCCAAAAAAGAACCAUGUCUUCUACCAUUCCCGCCAAUUGGUAAGAAAAAACCUUUUCGUCCCUCCUCAGUUAGUGUUCCAGCUUCGCCAAUCGCCAGUCUUCUUCUCUCCGACCUCACAGUCCGAUCUCAUCUCCGAUCUCUUCUUCCGUUACUGUUAGGGGCCCAGGUUCCGCUUCUCAGCUACCGGCGCUGCCUCUCAAGGAUAACGGCAAUAACAGACCUCAAGUAUGACAAAGAAGGAAGUUGAUGAUGGAAGAAGCGAUGGCAUGGUAAUUGAUGGCCAUGAACCCCCCCAAGGUCCUGAGCAGGGGCAAGGCAAUACCGUUCCCAAUGAAUUUAACCCUAAUUAUAUCAGAGUUUACUACGGGAAGCUUUUCCCACAUGCUGAUCUAUAUAAAUGGAUGUCUUAUGGAAAUGAUGGGAAGCAUCCUGCAUGUGAUUGGUCCUAUUUUGGCAGAAGAGAGUUUUCUUUUACACUGGAUAAUGACAUUUAUCUGCGGUUCCAGUCAUUUAGCAGUGCAUCUGAACUCGAAAAUUCAAUCAAAGAGAAGUGCCCAUUCAAAAUUGAUAUUGGACCAGUGUACAGUGUGGAUCCUGCCAAGAGACAUGCUUAUGCACAAGCUGGUGAUAAUGUUUUCACUCCAGUGGAGAGGGAGCUCGUUUUUGACAUUGAUAUAACAGACUAUGAUGAUGUUAGAUAUUGCUGCUCAGGAGCUGAUGUUUGCUCAGACUGCUGGCCACUGAUGACAGUGGCUAUUAAAGUGAUUGAUACUGCCCUGAGAGAUGAUUUUGGCUUUAAUCACAUUCUCUGGGUAUAUAGUGGUCGACGUGGUGUCCAUUGUUGGGUUUGUGAUGGGAGAGCAAGAAGGUUGACUAAUGAACAGAGAGCAGCUAUUGCUGACUAUUUCCGUGUAUACAAGGGCAAUGAAAACAGUCACAAGAAAGUUUCUUUCAUGGGUCCUCUUCAUCCUUUCCUUGCGAGAUCAUACACUGAAGUUUUGAGGGAUUUCUUUGAGGAGACAUGGCUUUGUAGUCAAAAGUUAUUUUCAACUGAGGAGAGAUUUGAGAAGAUCCUAGAGAUGAUUCCUGAUGAAUCUCUCACUUCUGAUCUUAGGGGGAAGUGGCUGGAGAACAGGCGGUCAUCCAUUUCAAAAGACAUCAAUGUUGUUCGAUGGGAGCUGCUAAAAAAUUUGCUGCAAUCUGGGAAACAGAAGGCACAGGGGAUUCACAGAUGCGUUGAAGAAAUUGUGUUUUCUUAUACCUACCCCAGGCUUGACAUGGAGGUUUCGAGGCACAUGAACCAUUUAUUGAAGGCACCAUUCUGCGUACAUCCAAAAACAGGCCGUGUCUGUGUUCCCAUUGACCCAGACCAUUGUGAGGAAUUUGAUCCGGCCACUGUACCAACCUUAUCCAAGCUUCUGGAAGAACUCAAUGUGGGAGGUUUAAGAGCUGAUGUAGAUAAUGAAUGUGAUAGAACUACACUUGGAAAAUCAGUAAGAUUUUUCAGAUCAUCCUUCUUGCAGCCUUUGCUGAAAGCUUGUAAGGAAGAAAUGGAAAAUUCCUAUAAUGCAAAACUUCAGCAAUCAAAAAAUUCAUUGACCUGGUAGUGCUCUUUUAUCUGCUUCAUCAUUACUUGCCUGGUUUCCAAGGUUUUCAACAAUAUAUGCUAGAAUUAUGCCUAACAAUGAAUGUAAAAAAAAAUGUUAGUAAUUUUAUGUACUGUUGUCAAGUUGUAAAAUUAUCCUGCCCCUUUAACAAUUUAGAAAGAAAUUUAAGAAAGCGAUACUGUUUCGAUCUCUCAA